CUCUCUCUCUCUCUCUCUCUAGCUCCCUCUCUGUAUUUCAGCUGCAGUUUAGCCUCAGCUCACUCUGCUUUCUGCGAACACACAGCAUUAACUCUGACACUUACUGACCCCAAACAUGGCUGCUGCUAAUCGGGUGAUCGUGUAUGGAGGGAGAGGAGCUCUGGGCUCCAAGUGUGUGCAGCAUUUUAAAUCCAAAGGAUGGUGGGUUACUUCCAUCGAUAUGGUUGCAAACGAGGAGGCAAACGACAACGUGAUUGUGAAGUCGAGUGAAUCUUUUAACGAGCAGGCAGGACAGGUGACGGCAGAUGUGGCCCAGUUGCUAGGGGAACUCAAAGUGGACGCCAUCUUGUGUGUGGCCGGAGGCUGGGCGGGAGGAAGCUGUAGCUCCAAAGAUUUAUACAAGAACACUGAUCUGAUGUGGAAACAGAGUGUGUGGACCUCCACUAUCUCCAGCCACCUCGCCACUCUGCACCUCAAACCAGGCGGACUGUUGACUUUGGCUGGAGCUAAAGCAGCUCUGUCAGGCACUGGAGGCAUGGUGGGCUACGGCAUGGCCAAAGCUGCAGUCCACCAGCUGUGUCAGAGCCUCGCAGCGAAAAACAGUGGGAUGCCUUCAGGAGCGGUUGCUGUUGCGAUACUACCGGUUACCUUGGAUACGCCGAUGAACAGGAAGUUCAUGCCUGACGCAGAUUUCAGUUCCUGGACGCCGCUGGAGUACAUCGCAGAAAUUUUCUUCAGCUGGACCACAGGAGUGAACCGUCCGGCUUCAGGCAGCCUGAUGGAGCUGACGACCUCCGGAGGGGAAACCCAGGCCGUGCCAGCGCAGUGAAGUGAGAGAGGAGGCGGUGAUGGCAGAGAGAGAGAGAGAGAGAGAGGGAGGAGAGGUAGGGAGAGAGACCGACAGAUGAGAGGAGGAGGAGGAGAUGAGGAAGGGGGUGUGGAGGUGAAGCAGAUAGAUUGUGACAGAGAGAAACUGGAUACAAUAAGGAGGUGGGGAGGAGACGGCUAGAUGGGUUUGUUAGGGAGGGGUGAGGAAGAAGAGGGAGUAUGAGGGAGGAGGGCUUUCAUUGCAAAAGCUGCAUCAGAGCGCCAUCUAGCUGUAAACCCUGACAGUAAUCUCCACUGUUUUAUCUCCUGUAAUCGUAUGGAUGCUCUCUCCACUCUCUUAACAAAUAUGAGAAGGUAUUCAAAGUAUUCUUUCAAAGAUCAGUGAGGUGUGUUUAAUGAAAAGUAUUUCAUUUAAAAUGUGUUGCUCUUUUCUUGGUCAAGACUGUGUGGAAGCAGUCAAUGAUUUUAGACAGGUUUAUUAUAAUUCUGUGUCUUUGCAGUGUUGCUACAAUUAGUAUAAUGAAAAGCAAGAAAGGUCAGUAUGGUUUGAUGUUGCGUUCCCAGCGGCUCACAGACCCUAAAGUCACACAGACACAUUGAUGUGGAAGUUGUUCAGUGAAUGAAAACAAUUAUUCUCGCGAUUUGUACCGCCUGCAUAUCCAAAAUCAGAAAUGGCAGAACAUCCUCUAAAGAAAGGGGGUCUAACUCGGUACAAUCGACAAUCACACUUUUUAACAGCAAAUGUUUAAAUCAUAAACAUUUAUUUUAAAUGUUUUGCCAAAGAAAAGUUACAAACAUGUUUUUUAUGCUUUCAAUAAUAGAAACUCUCUAAGAAAAUGCCUGAAAUGAAUAACCCGUCUAAACUUUUCCCCCACCCCUUCAAAAUGUACAUCGGGAGUUUCAUACCUUUGUUAGCUGCAGUCAUUUCCUUUACCAUCUGUGAAACCCAACACAAUAAUUUGGUCCUCUGUGUCUCGUCUCUAAACGUCCUCUGCAGAAAAGUAAAAGAAAGCCGUUGUCCUCUUCUCUCGUACGGACAAUCCAGUUUAAAGUGGAGUGGCCUUGCUUCCUGUGUGUAGCAAAAAGUCAAAGUGUCCUUGGUGUCCACCGUGUGCAAAAGGUGCUCUGUUCCUGUUCCUGUUUUCUAAGUCGUGUAUUGUAACUGUGUCAAAUUCUCAAUAAAAACAGUCGGAAUACAAAGAAAA